AUGAGUCCUAGAAACUUACGUGUUGUCAACUUGCCAGUUAACAUGGACAGGACCUGCUUGGUUUUUCAUCUUGUGGUAAUAUUAUGUCUCCUUAGGACUUCCAUAGCACGAACCAAGAACAUCACAACUGACCAAUCUGCACUUCGUGCCUUAAAAUCCCAUGUUACAUUUGAUCCAUCAGAUGUGUUGUCAAGAAGCUGGAUAAACCAAAUCCCAGUGUGCAACUGGACUGGAGUGAAAUGCUCGUCUCUCCACCAAAGAGUAGUGGCCUUGAACAUUUCUCAUCUGGGCCUUCAAGGUAACAUUCCUCCACAAGUCGCAAACCUCUCUUUUCUCAAUUCAAUCGACAUCAGUGGCAAUGAUUUCCAAGGCAACUUGCCUGAGGAGCUGGUACAUCUGCAGAGACUCAGUUAUAUCAAUUUCAGCUUCAACAAGUUCAGUGGAGGGGUUCCUUCAUGGCUUGGUUUUCUGCCUAAUCUUCAAUACUUAUAUUUGGCAAAUAACAGUUUCACAGGUAUUCUUCCAAGUUCCCUGUUCAACGCUUCCAAAUUGGAGGACAUGAGAAUUACUUACAAUCAAUUGGAAGGUAUUAUAGCUGAAGAAAUUGGUAAUCUUGGCAAUUUGAAGAUCUUAGAUUUGCAAAAUAACGAGCUUAUGGGGUCUAUACCCCGGAACCUUUUCAAUAUUUCGUCGUUGCAAGUAAUUUCUUUGAGCGACAACAGCUUAAGCGGUACUCUUCCCAUGAAUAUUUGCACUAAGCUUCCAAAGCUUCAAGGAAUUUAUCUACCACGCAACCUAUUAUCAGGCCAGAUUCAUUCACGAUUCAAGAAUUGCACGGAGCUUCAAAUUCUCUCACUGUCCAUCAAUAAUUUCAGUGGACAAAUACCAAGAGAGGUUGGAAACUUGACAAUGCUAAGCGUAUUGAGUUGUGGAUAUAACAUGUUUGAAGGCCCAGUUCCAGCAGAAAUUGGCAAUCUUCAGAAAUUACAGGCUUUGGACUUCACUACGAAUUUCUUAAGUGGUCCCAUUCCCAAAUCUUUAUUUAACAUGUCAACCUUGACAAGUAUCUCAUUUACUCUGAAUAACCUUUCAGGGAGUAUUCCACCUAAUAUAGGCCAACAGCUGCCGAACCUUGAAGAGUUAUUGCUUGGAGUUAAUAAACUAAGUGGAGUUAUUCUUGACUCGAUCUCAAAUCUUACAAAAUUAAGUCAGUUGGAACUCGGACAGAACCAAUUUACUGGUUCAAUUCCUACAUCACUUGGCAGUUUGAGGUUCCUUGAGUAUCUUAGUAUUCUUCAAAACCAUUUCACUUCUGAUUCUCCUUCAGAAUUCAGCUUUCUUACAUCUUUGACAAAUUGCAGGAAUUUAAGGGUUCUAAGCAUAUCAGAAAACCCCUUAAGUGGGGAACUUCCUCCUACCAUAGGCAAUUUUAGUAGCUCUUUUCAAAACUUUUAUGCAACAUUAUGUGGAAUUAAGGGCAAUAUUCCACAUGAAAUUGGUAACCUUAGCAGUCUGUUACUGUUGAAUCUUGAUAACAACAGCUUGACUGGACCACUUCCAGAUACACUCAAAGGGUUAUCAAAUCUUCAAGGAUUAGAUCUUCAAGAUAACAGAAUAUCAGGGUCCAUUCCGAACCAUCUGUGCACUUUGAGGCAUUUAGCUAUAGUACAGUUGAGCAGAAAUCAAUUCAGUGGUCAGACUGAACUCCACAUUCCCAGCAAGCCUUGGAAGGCUGAAAGACUUGUUAUAUUUAGAGAUCAGCUCAAAAUACCACCCGAAGUUGGGAAUCUGAAGGCUGCAUUAGCCAUUGCCUUGGCAGAGAACGAAUUUUCAGGUAACAUUCCAACAACACUAGGAGGUCUCCAGAACUUGAUCAGUCUCUCAUUGGCACAUAAUGAAUUACAAGGUCCUAUCCCAGAGACAUUCAGCAACCUGUUAAGUUUGCAAUUAUUAGAUCUAUCUAAUAACAACCUCACAGGCGAAAUACCUACAUCAUUGGAAUCGCUUUUGCAGUUAAAACAUUUCAAUGUGUCAUUCAAUGAGCUACAGGGAAGGAUUCCAUUAAAUGGUUCUUUCGCCAACUUCACAUAUGAAUCUUUUAUGUCAAACAAAGCAUUAUGUGGUGGUCCUCCUUCAUUGCACUUCCCUCCUUGCACCGUCCAUUCACGACGUGGAUCAAAGAAGAAAAGGUUGCGUCUAGUGGUAUACACUCUGAUACCAUCAGCAUUGAUGAUUAUCCUCAUCACCAUUUUGUUGGCUAUCUUGAAGAAGAGGAGCAAAAGGGCAAAUAUCUCUGGAGUGGAGUUAUUCCCCACGAUUAUGCAUGAAAGGGUAUCUUACCGUGAACUCCAGCAGGCAACUAAUGACUUCAGCGAAAGCAAUUUGAUUGCAAUGGGGGGUUAUGGUUCAGUUUACAAAGGGGUUCUGGAGGAUGGGGCACCAUUCGCAGUAAAGGUUUUCAAUUUGCAGUUAGAAGGAGGAUUCAAAAGUUUUGACACAGAAUGUGAAGUUCUUCGCAAUCUUCGGCACAGAAAUCUUGUUAAAGUCAUCAGUAGCUGCUCUAACCCAGAUUUCAAAGCUUUAAUCUUAGAGUAUAUGCCCAAUGGGAGCCUAGAGGAAUGGUUGUAUUCUCACGACUGUUUCUUAGAUUUCUUGCAAAGACUAGAUAUAAUGAUCGAUGUAGCUUCUGCAUUGGAUUAUCUGCAUCAUGGUUAUUCAUCUCCAGUUGUGCAUUGUGAUCUAAAGCCUAGCAAUGUUUUGCUAGAUGAGGAUAUGACAGGUCACCUGGGCGACUUUGGAAUUUCCAAGUUACUUGGUGGAGGUGAAAUUACAGCACAAACAAAGACACUCGCAACAAUUGGCUAUAUUGCACCAGAGUAUGGAUUUGAGGGUGUAGUAUCCACAAGGUGUGAUCUCUACAGCUUUGGUAUUCUUUUGAUGGAAACCUUUACAAGAAAGAGGCCAACUGAUGAAAUGUUUGGCGAAGAUUGCGGAUUGAAGGACUGGGUGAUGGAUGCGCUACAAAAUUCAGCAAACCAUUUCAUUGAUAGCAACCUAAUUACUGUGACGGACGAAAAUUCAAACAAAAAGGUUCAAUGUGCAUUAUCGGUCAUGGAAUUGGCCUUGAGGUGCAGUGCUGAAUCACCAGAGCAGCGCAUAGACGCAAGAGGUGCUUUAAAUGAACUCCGAAAAAUAAAAGUUGUCUUUCUUGCAGAUUGAAUUUAAGAACAAAUGGACACAAACAACAAUCACAAGUAAUCAGAUUUUUUGGGUGGGUGUAAUAUUUUCA